AUGGUCAGCAGUCAAGAAACAACACAGACAGCUCUCUCUGGCUGACUCUUUCUGGAAUGUGAGGAGGAGUCUGUGUGUGCUCCCCACCCCCACGCUUCUAGAAAUUAAAUCCCUAACUGCCAUCCCAGCUACAAGGGAAACUUUCUCCAGGGCAAAUGAGGACUGUGGUGUCGGUGCUGUCCCCAACACUCUGCCUUGCAGACCUGCCCUGUAGGGGCUGGCAGCUGCUGGUGGCUGAGGUCUCAAUCCUGUUGGCUCAGACCAGGUUCCCAAGUGGGCGUGGGCUCCAGGAGCCCCUUUGUGAUGUCAGCAUCCUGCCCCACUCACAGCCCCUCCACCAACUACCUCACCUCCCAGUCCAGAGAGACAGGCAACGUGGACCAUGGGUUCCCACUGUGCCAAGCUCAGCACAGGCCACAGCCUGGGCCAUAGCACCGGCCACAGCAAGAGCUAUGGCCGUGGCCACAAAUCUACCAUGAAGAAGCUCAUGACCUGCAUGAGUCAGGAUAACUUCUGUCUGUCAUCAGAGGGCGAAGAAGAUGAGGAGGAGAAAGAGGAAGGAGAAGAUAAGGAGGAAGAGGAGCUGCCGGUCCAGGGCAAGCUGCUACUGAUGGAGCCGGAGCAGCAGGGGGAUGAGGACAGUGCCAAGGACAAGCAGAACCCCGAGCCCAAGCAGAUGCACUCCUGACCCAUGAUGACAGCC